AUGCGGUCAAAGAUUGUCACAAUAGGUAUUGCACCAUGGGGAGUGAUCAAGCGGAAAGAGCGAUUGGUAGCCAAGGAUGCUCAGAUCCAGUACGACCCACAUGCUUUUGGUUCGUCCAGUGGUCUAGGUGUGCUGAACGAUCACCACUCCUACUUCCUACUUGCUGACAAUGGGACAACCUCCAGGUAUGGCGCAGACCUUCACCUUAGGCAGAACCUCGAGGAACAUCUGGCCAAAGGGGAAGCGAACGUCUCCCGGAAGAUUCCUGUAGUGUGCGCUGUCCUGGAAGGUGGAACAAGUACCCUUAAGGCUGUCCAUCAGUACUUAACCCGGGAACCCAAAAUCCCGGUGAUUGUAUGCGACGGCAGUGGGAGAGCUUCGGACCUUAUAGCGUUUGCUAGCAGAUAUUUGGACGCAGAUGGAACGCUACCCGCCGAAGUACGGGAAGAGUUGCUCUGCCUGAUAUCUACGGUGUUUCCGGAUGCUCCACGAACUCCUGAGCAAAUUCUUGAGGUCAUUUUGGAAUGCGCUAGGAAAAGGGAUUUGGUGGGAUCACAAAGUUAUCUCCAACUGACACUGUCUUGGAAUCGGGUAGACGUUGCCAGGUCGUGUCUUUUUGCUGGUGGACGUCACUGGCCUAUCCACGCCCUUCACUCAGCGAUGAGCGACGCUCUCCGACUGAAUCGGGUUAGUUGAUU